AUGGAUGUUACUUGUUUUAAAUGUGGUAAAGGAAUCCAUGUGCCAGAUGCAACAAGGGCAACAAGGAAACUGGCCCUCCAUUUACGUUCAUGCCAUACAAUAACAGGGCCCAACGAACAACUUGUCUGCAGGCAAAAUGGAUGCCAAAGAACGUUCAAUAUAAUGAACUCAUUCUUAAGUCACAUUAGAAAUCAGCAUUUAAACCAAAAGUUGCAUGCAGAACAUCACGGCAUUGAACAACAUCAACCACACCACAAUGAUCCCAUGGAAAUGGAAAGUGGCAACAGCUCGGAUGAUGACCCUGUUGAUGAAGAUGCAUCUAAUUAUAUGGAGACAUUUAGUGUUGCUAAUCUGAAAAAACUAGCCUUUUCAAUGAUCAUGAGACUGAAGUGUUCAGCAGCAGUUCCUUUUUCGGCUAUUGAAAAUGUUAUGUGCACUUCGAAAGUAAUGUUCCAGAAUACUCUAGGAGCACUAAAGCACAACAUGUUGCAUGUUUUUCAAACACAUGGUGUUGACACAAAUCCCGCAGAUAUUCAAGAACUCUGCACUACAUUUUCUUGCUUUGAAAAUUAUUUACCACUUCUUUCAGUUAUUUACAUUGAUUAUUGUAAUAAUAUUUAG